AUAUUUCAUUAAGAAAAAAGUUAGGGAUGUUAUUAAAAACCCCAUAAUAUUAAUAUCUAAUACAAAGAGUUUGUUAAUCCAUGCAUGUCUACGAUUGGCUUUAGCCAAGUGAGUAUUAUACAAGAUAAGUUGGUACAUACAAAAGGAUAUAGCUUAAUUAGCGAUUGCAUCAGCACACAUUAGUUAGCUUGUCAUCCUCCAAAGAAAUAAAAGUAGGUUGGAAUCAUCUUCUUGUAGUACCAGCACCUCCACUGUGAAUGUAUAUGUAGUUUUGGCUCUUCUUGAGGAUACUCUAACACCUUGAUUAGCAUUUUGGAUUCACUUUCAAACUUUUCUUUCUCAUUAUCAAAAUUGUCUCAACAAUAAUAUUGCCGCAGCCUCUGCUUCUAGAAGAGACCUAAACAUAGGAUGCUUUGGCACGUCCCAUCCCACUUCACCUCUCCUUUCUCACUCUCAGACCUCAUCCUAUACCACAUAAGUCUAAAUCUUGCUUCUGAAAAACAAUAAAUACAUGUCUAAACUCUAUAGUUCACCUCUGCUUUCUCAUUUUCACUGGUGGCUGGUUUGUAGGUCGGGACUCGGGAAGUUAAGUAGGUAGUGAUGGGUAAUGGGUCGCAACUCGCAAGACAUAUACGGCCCUUCGUAAUUAAGACUCUGUAACAAUAAAUACAUUUCUCAUGGGGUCCAUCAUUUGUGUAUGUAUGUGCAUGAUAUAGAUGAAUGACUAAACAGUAACGGUAAAAGUUAACAAAAAAAAACACUAGACUUCACUUUUUUUUCUCUUCAACGUUCUCAAUUAUAACAAGUGCUUACAAACCUUUUCGAUGAAGACAAAAACAAACAAAUAAGUGAAUAUGAUAUAACAAUAUACGUAUUUCAUAAUCACAUGCACACUUGUUCAAAUCCCCACCUGAAAGGGCAAAGAUGUGACUGCUAUUGAGGAGUCUCGAAUCUAAGUCAGUGUGUGUCGAUGCCCACCUACAAGACAGUCCACUGAUCAAGAUAAUAAACAGAACGAUUCCUUGAAAAGAGGCAAGUGACAUUAUCACAAAUGCUGUGUGGAACAAAAGCGUCAAGCUAGGAGGCAUCUCAACUAAUCAAAGCAUUAACGAAUUGUGUAUGUGAAGAAAACUGCUCAAGACUUAAAAGAGUGAUGAACAAGAUUAAACGACAACGUGUAGUAAAAAAGCCCAACCAAUAAAUAUGUAUUCUUUUAAAGAAAAGCCCACGAGCUAAAAACGGAUGGUUAAUUUAAUCAGCUGAUCUAAUUAGCUAAUUAAUUAAUAAUAGAUCAUCAGCUGAUUUCAUUGUAGUUAGGUGAUUAAACUAACGAGAGACAGUUAGAGAGUAGAGACAAAUAAAAAGGCAGAAAGAAGGAAGGAAGGAAGGAUCUAGAAGAAUCAUCCUCCACAUACAAAACCCUUAAACUCCCCCCAGGACUUCUUCCUCCUUAUAGCUCUCUUUAUUUCUCGUUUGUUGUUGAAGAGGACAAAGAAAGUAUGGAAGAAGAAACGACGGCGUAUUGGUGCCACACGUGUUCUCAAACAGUGACUUCUUUAACAACGGAAGAAGCUGGAAUCAAAUGCCCCUUUUGUCAAAGCGGCUUCCUUGAAGAGAUGCAACAACGAGAGGACACCAACGUUCACAGACCAAUGGAUUCCAUCUUGACUCCCAUCUUCAUGGAAAUGAUGAACAAUUCCGCAAGGAUCCACCCCGGAGCCGAUAUGGAUUCCCAGCUUCAAGAGAUUCUCAGGAGAAGGGGCAGACGUCCCGUUUCCAUUGACCAGUUGCUUCAGGGAAUAUAUGCUGGCUUAACACUUGCCCCUGCUGCUGCUGCUGCUGAUGAUAACAAUCGAGAGAGAGGACGCGUGAUCGUCACCAACCCCUACAAUCAGAUCGUGGCUGUCCCGAGCUCUGCUGUUUCCAACACUCUGCCUCCCGUUGCUGGUUCCCUCAGCGAGUACUUCAUCGGUCCUGAGUUCGAAGCCAUGCUUGAGAGUUUGACUGAGACUGAUCCUAGGAGGUAUGGAACGCCUCCAGCUAGGAGAGAUGCGUUUGAGGCUUUGGCUAGUGUCGAAAUCAAAGAGGCGGAGGCGGGGCUGGAGUGUUGUGUGUGUUUGGAUGACUUUGAGAUGGGAACUGUGGGGAAACAGAUGCCGUGUAAGCACAUCUUUCACAGUGAUUGCUUGCUCCCUUGGCUUCAGCUUCAUAGCUCUUGCCCGGUUUGUAGGUAUCAGCUACCGACUGCGGAGGACGAGACAAAUGGUGGUGGUGGUCGGUCUUCUUCGACAAGCAGCAGCAGCCAGGGAUCUGAGAGCACCCGAGAUGAUGAUGGUGAUAGGAGCAUGCUCGACGAUCCCAUGGAAGCUUAGCCACCUGGUUCUCAACAUAGCAGAGCAAUACAUAGGAGCAAGAGAAGAUGAUGAAACAACCAUAAGCUGUUUUACUUUUGGUCUGUACAUAAAAAAAGGUUCUAGGAUUUUGGUUGAAUUCUAAGCUCUACUACCCUUUUGGAAAACAAAAAAAAACUAUCAUUUUGUGAUGUUUUAUGGUAAUGAAACUUUCUACCUUUUGGUUAGAA